AUGCAGUCAACUUCAAUACAAGAUUUCCAACAACAACAAGGAAUUGUCGCAAACUUUAUAUACAAAGUUGUUGAACUUGCUACCUAUACUUCCGAUUUUGCCGAUGAUGCUAUAAAUAUAUUAACUGGAAAUACGUUAAAUAGUACCGGAGGUCAUUCAACUAGACAAAAUUAUGAAAAUGUCUAUGAUCAUAAGAAAAAAGAUGUUUCUACUUGGGAUGAAAAUGUAGAAACGGUUGAAGAUGAAGAAUCUCCUCAACCUUACGAUAAUUCUACUGAAACUAACUCUUCACUUACAAUUUCUACAUUACCCUCACAACAAGAUUAUCCAACUACUCAGUCUGAGACUAAACCUUCAUUUACAAUUACUACAUCACUUUCGCAACAAGAUUAUCCAACUACUCAGACUGAAACUAAACCUUCAUUUACAAUUUCUACUUCACCUUCGCAACAAGAUUAUCCAACUACUCAGACUGAAACUAAACCUUCAUUUACAAUUUCUACUUCACCCUCACAACAAGAUCAUCCAACUACUCAGUCUAAAACUAAACCUUCAUUUACAAUUUCUACAUUACCUUCGCAACAAGAUUAUCCAACUACUCGAUCAACACCAACACAUUCACCAACAAAUUCAACUUCACGACGAAGACAAUUCCGUGUUCGUCGUGGCUGUAGAUUUGUACGUCGCAAAUCAUCUUCAAAAAUGAGCAAUAAUUUCAACAAGACAUCCGAUAAUAAUGACGAUGAUGAUGAAGAUAUCAUCCUUAAAAGACUUAAUAGUAAAAUAUCUGUUAUGAUAGCCGAAGCUGAAGCUGCUUUAAAUAGUAAGGCUGAAGUUACAGAACUUGAAAUGAUACUUGCCGAGGAAAAAGAACGCGAUGAGCGAAUUAUGAAAGAAUUUGGAAUUCAAACUCUUAAUAUUCACAAUUACAAUUACAAUAAUUACAAUAUCAAUUAUAAUAAUAAUCACAAUUACGUUUACUGA